AUGACAUUCGGAGGACAUUACACGCCGUAUUUUGAUCCUUCUUUUGAUGCUCACAAAGAAUAUCGCAAAGAAUUUAUUCUCAAAAAGUAUCGAAGCACUUCCAACAAAUUGCAAUCAAGUUCAUACUCUAAAUUGUUUGAAGAACGAUCGUUAAGAGGAAUCAGCGCGUGGCUGAAAGAACAAGCAACCGAAACGGAGAGAAAAGAGUUCCAUGCACUAUUCAAACGUUUAGGUGAUUAUUAUCAAAAAUUGCAAUCACAAAACAAUCCAUUCAAAGCUGAGAGUGAAGUGGAUCGAUUUUUCUAUGUUGCAAGCAGUUAUGGUCAUGGCGUGUUAACAGAAAAGGCAAUCAAAUCUGUGGCGGCCUAUUUUAAAAAUCAUUCGGAUACAUGUCAGUCAGAUAUGAAUGUCUUUAAAUACGUUAUGGCUGCAUUGUCAAGCUUUAGAAAACAUAUUCAACCAACGUCUCAUGAGCAAAGUGUGUUUUUAGAAUCCACUCCUCAUUUACUUGAUCAGAAGAAAAGUAAACCAGUGUAUGAAGUUGCAGCUGAGAAAUGGCAAAACAGUAAGACAAAUUCCCAACAAGGAGAUCGACCGAAAUCAGCACCCGCAAUUCAAAACAUUUCCUUUCAACGAAAGAGUGUAAUGAACAGCACUUUUACUAACUCUGGGUUGACAGCUCGACCAUCCACGUCAAAUCUAUCCAAAAUGCAUGAUCGAAAUUUCAACACAAAAAAACCAUACGCUUACCUUCCAACGCAAGGAACCAAUCUCCCAACAUCAAAAACAUAUUUUGCAAGACCAAGCUCGAAAACAUUGUCACACUAUGUAAGAACAGAACCUGCAUGGAAGGCUACUUCUUGCCCAACUGCAAGUGGUGGAGUAGUGGAACCAGCGUUUACUCCUGUGUUGGAUGAAAAUGAUGCUGAACCCAAAAACUCUGCUCGUUCCUCAACAUCUGCAAGGUCAGGCAAAGACACCAAACAGCCAACAACAUCAAAACCAACACCAACCAAGGAACGUAAAAUAUCAAUAGGGAAGACCACAUACAGCACAACUUUCCAACCUCAGGCAAAUAUAAAAUCGCAGCCGUUUCAUCAGACAACUCACCACUCAAAACCUUUUGGAGAUUAUGGAACUGUCGAUUUUCAAACAGAAUACUGCAGGAGAUUUAAACGAUGA